AAGUGUGACGGCGAAAUUCAGUAAUCAUGUCGCAAACAUCUACACCUCAACAAGAACUAUUCUUCAAGUCAUAUAACGACACCUCCUCAACGACAAUUGUCUUGCUCCAUGGCCUCUUCAGCUGCAACCUUGAAUGGGACCACGUUAUUCCCCACCUCAAUGACUAUCAUCUCAUCGUUCCUGAUCUCCCAAAGCAUUCCCAAUCGAGGGAGAUAGGACCCUGGUCAAUUAAACUCGCUGCUGACUCAGUUGCGCAUCUCAUCCGAAAGCAUGCACAUGGUGGACAAGCGCACGUUGUUGGCCUUUCGCAGGGCGGCUUCACGACAAUGGAACUAAUCCGCCGACAUCCAGACCUCGUCAAAUCAGCAUUUGUAACUGGCUCGACCCUGUUCCGCCCAUGGCAAGUCUGGGCAGCCGAGCGACCCAGUCUUCUACACUACGGCCUCAAACUCGUGAUGAACAGCGGUUUUUACACCCUCAGCGUUUGGAUGAAAGGCCUCAAAGUCCAUACCCAGCUAAAGAACGAAAUUGCUGCCAAUAAUGACUGGAACUUGGUGAAUGACGCUUACGCCGGGCUUGUGAAGUGGCAACAUGACAAUGCGAAAUACGUUGCAGACAAAGACAAACGAAUAUUAGUAACAGCUAGAGAUCAAGGUGACGAUGUUGAGGGUGCGAAAGAAAUAGCUAAGACUUUUCGAAAGGAGGGGCAUGAGGAUGGGAACAAGAGUGCUGCUUGUGUCAUCAGAGGAGCUGUUCAUGCUUGGAAUUUACAGUUUCCGAAAUUGUUUGCUGAGGGUAUUCAAGCUUGGGUUGAGGAUAAGCCUCUUCCUGAAGGCUUUGUUAAUUUGUUGGAUGGGUAAUGUGAUAAGAAGGCCAGUAUUUAUUGAGACCAUAUA